AUGAUUCGUUCAGGUUUGUUCUCCUACACGAAAGCUGUUUCUAACAUUAACGUGGUGAAGAACCUCGAAUCUGCUCUCCGAUUUGGUAAUUCCCUUCUUGUGCAAGAUGUUGAAAGCUACGAUCCUAUUCUUAACCCUGUGCUGAAUAAAGAGGUCAAACGCACUGGCGGACGUGUGCUGAUUACGAUCGGAGACCAGGACAUUGACUUGUCACCAGCAUUCCAAAUCUUCCUCAUCACCAGAGAUGCAUCGGUGGAAUUCACCCCGGAUGUAUGCUCUCGUGUGACAUUCGUCAACUUCACUGUAACAUCUUCAAGUCUUGCAAGUCAGUGUCUCAACCAAGUACUCAGAAGCGAAAGGCCCGAUGUGGAUAAGAAGAGAAGUGACCUACUCAAACUUCAAGGAGAGUUUGCGGUACGCCUUAGACAACUGGAGAAAGCCCUAUUGGCAGCGCUAAAUGAAAGCAAAGGAAAGAUUUUGGAUGAUAAUUCAGUUAUUGGCACUCUCGAAAAGCUGAAGAAUGAAGCAUCUGAAGUAGCCAAGAAAGCUGCGGAGACCGAUAAAGUCAUGGCUGAGGUGGAAACUGUUUCGGGACAAUAUCAAAGAUUGGCAGCUGCUUGCUCACAGAUCUACCAUACGCUGCAACAGCUGAAUGAGGUGCACUUCUUGUACCAAUAUUCGCUUGACUUCCUGCUUGAUAUCUUCACAUGCGUUCUCAAGUCACCAGAACUUGCUCAGACGCAAGAUCACAUGCAAAGGCUUAAUAUCAUCACGGCCAAUCUGUUCCAGACUGUCUAUCGUCGCGUAUCGCGUGGUAUGCUUCAUGCGGACAAGGUCUUAUUGGCUCUCCUUCUCAUGAGAAUUUCGCUGAGAUCCGUUGGUGGCGAACCAUCCUACGAUGCUCAGUGGGAUCUACUCCUAGGCCGUAGUGAGCUGUUUGCUUCUAAAUCUGCUCACCAGUCUCCACCUACUGCAUUACCGUUCCUUACUUCGCAACACAUGGCUGCGCUGAUUAAGGCACAGAAGCUGCCUGGAUUUGAGAAGAUUUUGGACAUUAUGUGUGCUGAUCCCGAACAGAUCAAACAAUGGUUGGUAAUGGAUAAUCCGGAAGCUGCAGUACCAGUUUUGUGGGAAGAUCCAGAGCAAAAACUUAGUAAGGACAAAAUUUUUGAG